AUGCAGCCACCGGUCAGGGCAGGGCAUGCCGCCACUCCCUCGGCCGCCGCCCUCAGCUUUCAAUUGUCAGGCGUGUCGAGCUUCCCGCCUGCAGCAGACACUCUGGCCCUGGAGCCACAGCCUGGGCACACCCCACCAGCCUGGUGCGAUGCCCCCUGGCUGGCCGCCGCCCCUCCCGCGGCGCCCGCCACGCCGCCGCCGGGCCCGGCCCCGGCGCCGGCCCGGCCCGUCGCCGCCAUCCAAGCCCCCAGCCGCGCUGCCCAGCUGCCCGUCGAGCUCCUGGCGUGCAUAGUGGAGCUGGUGGCUCAAGACGACAAGGCCCAGCAGCGCAGGCAAGCCGGGCUGGGCCGCCCAGCGGCGCGGCGCCGCGCACGCAGCGGGCACACCGCCCAGUUUGUCAGCCGCGCCUGGCUGGCGGCGUACCGCGGCGUGGCGUACCGCCGCCUCACCCUGCACGUCGCCACCGCGCUGCGCCGCCUGCAGCGGCGCCGCGGGCUGAGCGAGGGCGCGGCGGCCGCCGCCGUGCUGCAGUGGCUGGCGGCUCGGCUGCCAUAUGCGGAAGAGGUGGUGCUAGCGGGCGUGCCUCAGCCGUUGGCCGCACCCCCACAGCAGUGGCCAGCCUCGGGGCUGCAGCAGCAGGCGGGGCCACACCCCAGCGGGCCCACCGCCCUGCUCGCCUGGCAACUGGGCGAGCUGCUGCUGGCGGCGCUGGCUGGCAGCAGCCGCCUGCGCCGCCUGUCCUGCGACUCUCUGCCACACCUGCCGCUGCUGCUGGCGGCGCGGGCGCAGCUUGCGGACGCGCCUGGCUGCCAGCUGGCGCCCCUGGAGGAGCUGGGAGUGACGGCCAUGCCGGCGGCACAGGUGCUGUGCCACCUGCCGCUGCUGCAACGGCUGCCGCUGCGGGUCCUAGGCGUGUCGGACGCGGCCUGCCUGCCAGAGGAAGAAAGCACGGCGCUGGCAGCGGCCCUGGGCAGCCUGACCCAGCUGUCCAGCCUGUCGCUCGGCGGCAGCGCCGCCAGCAGGCAGUUUGAGAGCGGUGGCAGCGGCGCCAGCAGCUGCGCCGCCAUGGGUCAAGCCCUCGCCGCACCCUCCACCAAAGCGGCCUGCGGCUUUGGCGUCCGCGUCCGCGGCGCCAGCCCGCCGCCGCUGCCGCCGCUGGCGGCCCUGCCAGCUUCGCCGGCCGCCGCACCCAGCAUCCCAGGCGUGUCCCUGCCCGCCCUGGCGCUGGUGGCGGCGGCGGCGGGCCUGCCGCGCCUGCAGCAGCUGGAGCUGUCCCUCACCUUUUCCAAGCAGCAGUCCGAGGUGCAGCAGGCCUACCUGCAGCACCUGGGCUGCGUGCUGCGCCAGCAGCGCAGCCAGCGGGAGGCCGCCGGCUGCAGCUGCAUGCCGCGUGACGACGCUGGCGUCAGCGCCGGCGAGGGCGCCUGCGCCUGCGCCUGCCAGGCCAGCCAGGGCAGCCGCGUGUCGGUGACUGUGCACGAGCACGUGCAGGGAGACCUGUCGGCAGUCCCCGUGGCCUCCUGCUCCCUCAACCUCGACUGGGACGAUGAGUCCAACCCGAUCGAGGCGCGCUGCGCUGCGCCGCGCUGCGCUGCCACGCUGCGCCGCCUGCUCAUCGCGGCGCAGCUGCCGCUGCAGGCGGGCCAGUUCCGCCCCGCGCGCCUGGCGGCACUGCAGGUGCUGGAGGUGGCGGGCUGCUGCUACAUACCCGCCUACUUUGCAGAGGCGCUGUGCAGCAUGCAGCAGCUGCGCCGCCUGGCGCUCCGCGACUGCCAGCUGGAGGCCAUCGCGGCGGUGCCCUGGCAGGAGGUGCUGCCCCGCCUGCCGCUGCUCACCGAAGUGUGUGUGGAGCGCUGCAGCGGCGCGGUGCUGCUGCACACGCUGUGGCUUGGGCUGGCGGGCUGCGCCAACGUGCGCAGCCUGAGGAUCACGGGAGGCCCCGCCCUCGGCGGCGGCCCGCCCGCGGCCGCCGCGACUGCCACGCCCUACCAGCCCCUGGCGGCGGUGGCGCCCGGCGGCGGCCUGAUGGGAUGGCAGCACUUGGUAGUGCCGGGACCUCCCGCGGCAGCAGCAGGGCAUUGGGCCUGCUACUGUGCCAGCCAGCAACAGGCGCAGCCGGCAGCCCCCGCCUGCGGCAUCCCCGACUGCGUGGCGCUGCUGCAGCAGCUGCGCAGCCUGGACCUCAGCCACAACGGGCUGCACGCCCUGCCCGACGCCCUGGCCUGGUGCCAGCAGCUGAGCUGCGUGACGCUGCGUGGCAACAGGCUUUUGGGCAUCCCCCGCGGCGUCGCAGCGCUGGGAGCCCUGCGCAAGCUCGACCUCAGCUCCAACCAGGUGACCACCUUGGACGGCGGCCCCUACCUGCCACAGCUGGAGGAGCUGCUGCUGGGAGGCAACCCGCAGCUGCUGCCCAGCCAGCUGCCGCUGGAGCUGCUGGUGGCGCGGCGCCUGUGCCGCCUGGGGCUGCCCGCGUGGUGGCGCGCGGCGGGGGCGGCGGCGGUGGACGGCGCCCUGCUGGCCCACAUGCCCUGGCUGCUGCUGGAGCACAGCUGA